AUGUACGGUAAUAGAUUUAACGAAAGAACAACUGCUGAAGAAAUUAUUGAUCAGCUAAAAAUACGUUCUGAUGGUAAAUAUGCUUUGAUUACUGGUGGAACUGACGGUAUUGGUGCGGAAACUGCACGGGUUCUUUCCAAAUCUGGUGCACACGUGAUUAUUACCGGUCGUGAUUUAACGAAAGGUCAAACUGUUGUUGAUAAUAUUAAACAAGAAACAAAUGGACACAUCGAUUUGUACCAUCUCGACUUAACUUCAUUCGCCUCUGUUCGUGUAUUUGCUCGACAAAUUGUUGAUCAAUAUCAACACCUUGACUAUCUUAUAUUAAACGCAGGACUUUUCGGUCAUCCAUAUGAAAAAACUGUUGAUGGUUAUGAAAUGCAUUUACAAAUCAAUCAUUUAUCUCAAUUUUUAUUGACUCAAUUAUUAUUACCACUGCUAUUAAAAUCGUCUCGCUCUCAUGUGAUUGUUGUUUCAUCUGCUAUGCAUAAAAAUUUUGGUAUUCAGUUUGAUGACUUAAAUUUUGAAAAACAAGCAUAUAGUAGUUGUAAAGCAUAUGCUCAAUCGAAAACAGCCAAUAUUCUGUUCGCUAAACAAUUGAAUAAACUUUAUCAUUCAGAAGGUGUUGUGUCAAAUUCUUUACAUCCGGGUGUGAUUAAAACACGCCUACACCGUUCGUUUGAAUCGGAUGAAUCUGCAAAUAUGAAAGGAAAAGUAAAAUAUGAUAAAAGUGUUCAACAAGGUGCAGCAACAACGAUUUAUGCGUGCUUUGCAUCCGACGAUAAAGAUUUAUUAGAUGGGGGACAGUAUUGUGCCGAUUGCCAAGUACAAAAACAAGUCGUCAAUGGAUGGAACGGGUUAUUUCCGGAUAUUGGUGCUAUCAUGAAAUUAAAUGAAGGGCAACAAAUAAAUGUGAGUCAUAGUAUAGCAAGACAUGCCACAUCGAUGGAAGAUGCACAAAAAUUAUGGGAGCUAAGCGAACAAAUCACUGGUUCCGCAUCAAAAUCAAAUGAGUGA